GGUCCCGUCCCAGCCCUUGGAACAGAAAGGUGGCCCUCGCCCCCCAGGAGACAUGCAACUGGGUCGCGUCUCCCUCAGGACUCUUGUCCCAUCAGAAGUCCUUGCUGCCCAGCCCCGGCAGUGUGGACCUUUAUCUGGGCUGUUUCCUCCAGGGGAAUAGCAGGCCUUGGAGCGAGAGGCCGCAGCAGGCCCUCCCAUGGCUGUUCUACUCGCCCUCCUUCUGUCCUUCUGUGGCCCCUCCCAGGCCGCCGUAGACAACAUCCAGGCCGUCUAUAUGGUCUUCGGGGAAGCAGUGGAGCUGCCGUGUCCCUGGCCACGUGUCCUGCGUGGGGAUGGAUUCCUGUCUUGGUUCUACAGCCCUGCCGCAGGCACAUCCACAACCCUGGUGGCCCAGGUCCAGGUGCCCAGCACAGCCCCACACCUGGGGCAAACCAGAAGGGACUCCAGGCUCAAACUCCUGGGAAAUCACUCUUUGUGGCUGGAGGAGGUCAAGGACGGAGAUGCUGGCCGGUACUGGUGCACCGUGCAGGGUCCGCACUUAAAGUACCAGAACUGGAGGGUGUAUGACGUCUCAUUUCUCCAAGGCUCCCAGUUCUCAGCCAGGGCUCCAGAUGGAUCAUCCUGCUCUGUCCUCCUGUGCUCUGCGGUCCCUGCCAGGCGUCUGGACUCUGUCAUCUGGCUGGAGGGUUCAGGGCCCGUAAGAGGGCAUGUGCGGCCCUUCUGGGGUGAUGGGGCUGCGCUGCUUCUGGUCUGUCCCAGGGAAGGACACCCUGAGCCCAGGGCCCGAAGACCAAGGGUCAUCCGUUGCCUCAUGCCUCAGGACAAAGUCAUCAGCUUCAGCCUGGCAGCCUCCAUGGAUCCACCGCCCACGGUCUGUGGCCCUGCCACGGGGUGGGAUGUACCCUGGGUCCUGAUGCUGUUGCUCGCGGUGGGCCAGGGAGUCACCAUCCUGGCCCUCAGCAUCAUGCUCUGGAGGCGGAGGGCCCAGGGCGUCCAGGGCCCAGGGUCCCGCGCGCGGUGCUUCGACUGCGGGGGCGGCCCGGGCGGCGGCUGCGCGCACAGCGUGACCACCUGCGGCGAGGGCGAGCGCUGCGGCUUCCUGGCGCGCACCCCGCAGGCCGGCCUGGGGCAGCUCAAGCUGAACCCUCCCGUGUGCGUGGUGCAGCACCAGCCAGCCUGUGUGGCCAUCCACCACUGCAAUCAAGUGGAGACAGAGUCGGUGGGUGACCUGACUUUCACGACCCACAGGGACUGCUGCGUCGGAGACCUGUGCAACAGCGCCGGGCCGAGCACCCUGGCCCCCGCCUGCGUCCCGGCUGCUGCAGUCAGCACCCUGGCCUGGCUUUUGGCAGGACUGUGGGUUGGGUAGCGGGCUCGGUGGGGGCGUGGGGGGAAAAGGGGGCUCUGGGCAUCUGAGAUGAGAAGAUAAGCGUUCCUCUGUGAGCCAUUAAACGCUGUGACUCUUCCGCAGCUGCC